GUACCUACUCGAAAUUGCGUUGUUCUCGUUAAUGAUACGAGUAGUAUACUUACAUAUUUAGAUCUGUAACGAAUAUAAGUAUUUACAGUGACUUAUAAACAUAGGAUAACGAGAGUCCUCGUUAACGUACUGAACUUCUCAAAGUUUGUUAUUACAAAAACAGUCUCACUAGAAUUUAUUAUUGCCUAUAUGAUCAAGACUAGAAGGUAUCAAGGACUACCACCGGCCUCUGUGCAGAACACGUUCUCGGGUUAUUACCGCAUUGACAGUGAGAUUAAUUUUUAGUAGGAAAAACUACAUUGUUAUGUAUGAGUUCAUUCCGCAUUUGUACUUUCUCACAUCGCCAUGAUUGAGUUUGCAGCUACGCGGUUAACGUUAUUGCAGAAUUAGUAUUGGUGAUAUUGCGCCGGUCACUAUGACUGUCUGACUGUUUGGAUUUCAACAUCACCAUGAACCGAAUAAGACAAGAUAGGAGUUAUGCGAAAUCUCUUUCGCUGGAAGAAAAAAAAUAUCUGCUGGCCGUGCAAAGAGGAGAUGUGCCCAACGUACAAAGAAUGGUCGAACGUGCAUUCCGUUUAGGGCACAUAGACGUUAAUUGCAUGGACUCAUUUGGUCGAGGCGCAAUCAACAUAGCCAUAGAUGCAGAAAAUUUAGAAAUGUUAGAGAUGCUCGUGGUGAUGGGCGUCAACCCAAAGGACACCUUGCUGCACGCAAUAAACGCCGAGUUCGUGGAAGCGGUGGAAUUAUUGCUUCAAUACGAAGAAUUAGUGCACGUCGAGGGUGAAUUAUACAGUUGGGAAAAAGUGGACUGGAAUACAGCUUACUUUACUCCAGAUAUCACUCCUCUCAUUUUGGCUGCACACAAAAAUAACUAUGAAAUCAUAAAAAUGUUGUUAGAUCGAGGUGCAACGCUGCCAAUGCCACAUUCAAUCAAAUGUGGUUGUGAUAAAUGUAUAACAUCCGUUAAAAACGACUCGUUGCGGUAUUCAACGUGUCGAGUCAAUGAGUACAGAGCACUAGCAAGUCCAUCACUAAUAGCGCUGUCAUCAGCCGAUCCUAUUGUGACUGCUUUUCAAUUAUCCUGGGAACUUAGACGAUUAGCCAGAAUGGAAAAAGAGUUCACCAAUGAGUAUAACGAGCUUCGUCAGCAGUGUGAACAAUUUGCUGUAGACCUACUCCAGCAAACUCGGAGUUCCUAUGAAUUAGAUGUAAUUUUAAAUCAUGACUCUGAAAGCUUACCGAAUUCUGGUUCAACGAAAUUCAAACUAAUAGAUCAAGCUAUCAAAUACAAACAAAAACACUUUGUUGCUCAUCCAUACAUACAACAACUUUUGGCGACCGUAUGGUACGAAGGAUUACCAGGAUUUCGUCGUUUAAAGCUCUACAAGCAGGUCGUAGAAGUUAUAAAAAUCAUUUACUUUUUUCCAUUCUACUGCCUAGUAUAUUUGUAUGCUCCCAGUGCAGAAAUCGGGAAAGUAAUGGAAAAACCAUUUAUGAAAUUUUUGAUACACUCUUCUUCGUAUUUAUCGUACUUAGGAUUGUUAGUAUUAGCCUCUCAGAGAGCAGAAAUCCAAGCGAUAGAACUAUUCGGGACGGAAUCUAUGAAAAACGAUUUAAAACAAAGUCAACUCCGUCAACGUGGUCACGCGCCUUCAUUCAUUGAACUGCUGAUCUUGAAUUUUGUAAUCGGUUACAUUUGGAAGGAAAUAUUAGAUGUACGCAAAGACGGUUUGCACGCAUACCUGGCGCACAACGCUUGGAAUUAUGUGGAAUUCGCCAGAAACAAGAUGUAUGUAGCUGUAAUAACGGUCCGGAUUUACGCGUAUGUCACCGAGACGAUACAGAUAGCUCACGAUCCAUCAUCAGCUUUUAUACCCCGAGAAAAAUGGGACACAUUCGAUCCUCAACUAGUGGCCGAUGCACUGUUUGCGGCCGCUAACAUACUCAGUGCAUUGAAGCUGAUCCAUAUGUGUUCGAUAAGCUCACAUUUAGGACCGUUACAGUUAUCUCUAAAGCGAAUGUUAAUUGAUAUCCUAAAGUUCUUCAGUAUUUACAGUCUAGUAUUGUUUUCUUUUGCUUGCGGAUUGAAUCAGCUGAUGUGGUAUUUUGCUGAUCUAGAACGAAAGAAAUGUUACACGUUACCUGACGGAUCUGCUAACUGGGAAGGUGCCAGCGAAUCGUGCUCCAAGUGGAGGAACUUUGGAAAUUUGUUCGAAUCCCUUCAGACACUGUUCUGGACAGGUUUUGGCGAUGUCGGAACUGAGAAUUUUGACUUACCCGGCAUGAAGCCUUACACACGGUUUUGGGCGUUAUUGAUAUUUGCUACAUAUUCGGUAAUCAAUGUGACCAUUUUGCUGAAUCUGUUGAUUGCAAUGAUGUCAAAUUCUUACUCCGUCAUAGAAGGACAAUCAGACGUAGAAUGGAAAUUUUCGAGGACAAAAUUGUGGCUCAGUUGCUUUGAAGAAACGCCCACUCUCCCUUCGCCUUAUAACGUAUACCCUUCGUUGAAAUUAAUCAAAGCGUUAUGUUUUGCGUGGAAGCCUGCUGUCCCGAAACCUGACAAAUGGUCACAAAACGAAGACGCCGAUUGCAGAAAUAACAUACAGAAAAAGGGUGAAUUUGCAUCCGUUAUGCGAGCUCUAAUCUGGCGGUACGUAUCCAUGAAGCAUCGACAGUCAGAAAAUGAGGGCGUCACUGAAGAUGAUGUAAAUGAAAUCAAGACUGACAUCAAUAGCAUGAAAUACGAUUUCCUAGAACUGUUCCGGAAAAACGGCAUGGAAGUAUCAAAUGACUGUUGGAAAAAAUCUAUGGACAAAAAAUCGAAAAUCUGGGAACGACGAUUGAUGACCGAUUUCUACGUUGCUCCCGUUUUGACCAACGUCAGUGGAGGAGUCCGUGGGAACGAUGGACAUAUUGAAUGUCGAACUCCCGACGAGCGGCCUAUUGAUCGAUUUCGAAGAGUUGUACGAAUGGUAGCUGCUCGAUCGACGGCCAGCAAAUGGAGGACCGCCAUACGAGGGGUGUAUCAAAAUUCACAAAUUGGCACGACGGCCAGACCGGAGUCGUUUGUCAACAAACAGAACCUGCAAUGGGCUAUGAACGAAGUGUGGAACAUGCGGGUAAAGCAACCGGUGACCCCCGACUCGGACACGUAUCCGUUUAAACUUCCCGAACGCCGAAGCACGCUUCGCGCCCUGAUCGAGGAGUUUCGGAGGGAGAACGAAGCAAUGGGCACCAAUAACGGGAAUAACGCAAUGAACGCCUGGUCCGAUUCGUCGGCGACCUUGGUGGCAGACAGUCGGGCUAGACGGCAGCUGUUGAAGACUCCACAUCCUCCACGGCCGGUCGUCACGGUCGGAAACUUGAAAAAGUCCGCCUCGGUGUGGUACGCUGACCCACCGGCGCCGGACAGACCGUUGGUGUCCCGGCAGAGUAUGCCUAACCUAAUACAAUCGUUUAGACAGCCCGUCAAUCCACCUCAGAGGAUACAAGAAGAAAACAUCCAAGAAUCCCCAGGCUAACGCUUACAACAACAUUACCGACACCGACACGCCAUAAUAUAUAUUUUGCAAUCAUACCAUUUUAUUUACCAACUUCUAAUUGUCCGUAUCGCUAAUUUCGGGACUGGUUUUCUCGACGAUACCCUCGCCUAGGUCAAAUCAAGUUUAUACUUGGACUUGGACUUACAUCGAACUUUUUAUCAUUUGACUUUUUUUUUUUUAUUAAUUUAUUCAAUAUUAUUUAUCGCUUCAAAUGUUGAUGUUUUUCAAAUGACAUCGCACACAUUUUUCCUAGUUUUACAAUAAGGUACACCGCACAGUAGCGUAUUCUGUUAAAUUUAUUUUUAUGCAAUACAUCAUAUUUUAUUACGUAUUUAAAACAUGAUCGACGUAAAAAAAAAGUAUAAAAAUAUAUUAUAUUUGUUUACAAAUGAUAUGUACAUUUUAAACGAAAUAUAUUGUAUUUUUCUACACGUCAUUAUUGUAAACAAAUAUUUUCAAAUAAUUUUUAAUCUCAAUUUUUGUAAGAAAAGUAAAAACAUCGACUUCUCUAUCAAUGGACUAUCUCGUAGCGUAAUGUAAAUAUAGAAUAUCUCCGCAAUACCUUGUUGUCUCUGUGUAAUUAUCAUUUUUAAACUAGUCACACAACGUUUUCCUGGGUUUUAUUAGUUUUAUAUUAUACCGUGUUAAGUCUACAGAUCUAUUUUAUUUAAUGCAUUCACGAUUUGUAAUAUAAAUAGAUGACUAUAGUAAACUAAUUAGGCUCACUUAUUAUUAUCACAAACUCGGUAUUUAUUUUAUUUCAUCCUCAUAGCGACAUCAACAUUCCCAUAACCUUGAACUUCAACUCAUUUGUCUUGUAGUUUUUAUUAGUGUGGGCUAUGAACCUUUAAUUAUGUCAUGGACCUAUUUUAAGCAAUUUAAUUACUCAUCACAUUACAAUUUUAAAAUUUACAUUGCCUGUAUUUUUAUUUUAAAUCAAUACCUUUAAAUCCAAAUACAAAAAAUCUAUAGAACUUACAAAUUUUACUGAAUGGCAUACAUAAAAAUAUAAAUUUAUUUUUUUUUAUCUGUUAAAUUAUUUAAAAAGUAAAAAGCAAAUACAAGUGACUUAAAAUAAUUAUGCAAGAAUGAGUUAACAUUAUCCAAGAUUACAGCAUUAAUAUCAACACUAACUAAUUGUUGUAAAUGUACUUUUUUCAAAUGAGUUGUUUUUAAUGUAAAAUUAACAUACAUUUUUAAUCUACACAGUACUUAAACUAAAUAAUGAUUAACGAUAAACCUUAAACUUGCUUACUAUCAUAUUUGUAAAUUCAGAGAAUGAAAUGCCAAUAAAUAUUACCUAAUGAAAGUGUUAA